UAUCAGCCAGUGACGGCCACCCACACGCGGCCGUGCAUCCACUAACGGAGAAAGGGAAAACCAAUAUUUGUUUCAUGUACUAAACAGACACAACUAUGAUGUAAUGAUUAGAAAAAACUCACUACUCCGAGGUUCUCUGCUCUUUUUUUUCCGUAUUGUUUUUUCUCAUUAUUUGCCCUCCACACAUAAAAUUAUGUACCAUCCAUACCAGCAAGAACAGCCCGUAAAUUUAAAUCACCAAGAGCAAAAAGACGUUUAUUACUCGGAAGAGAAACAAAAGCGAAAACAGAGUUUAGAAAAGAAUAGAUUAGCUGCCUAUCGAUGUAGAGAGAGAAAAAAGCAAGAACAACAACAAAUGGUGGAUCAAGCAGAUAUUUUAAGUUUGCAAAAUGAAUCGCUACACAUAAUUGUAAAUAAUCUAAAGAAUGAAGUCAUUAGUUUGAGAGAACUGUUACUGGCUCAUGAUACCUGUGAUUGUGAAAGAGUGCAAUCCUUUAUUCAAAAAAGUAGUUCAUUACUGUGAUAUAUCAAUAAAAUCUCCUCCAGAAACAAUCAAGGCCAUAUUUGGUAUUAAGACAAUAAAAAUAAACAAGAUUUGUCUUGUUAGCAUUCAAACUGUUUAUUUAGGAACA